GGGCUCCCACGGUUUAUUUCAAAGAUUCUCUUCUUUCUGACACUCCAAACUCGCAACCCUCCAAACACAAACGAUCCCAAUCUGGUCCACAGACCUCAAACAUAAACCGAACCCCGCACUACACUCAAUCAAUUACCCUCUCUCAUCUCUUUCUUUCUCUCUCUACAGCUACGAACAUGUCUCCGAAGCCAUCAGAGAACGGAACCGAAGGCGACGAUGAAAGAGAAGAAGGCGAAGAAGAUACAGAAGAGGACAAGGAGGAACAAGAGGAGGAGGAGGAAGAUGAGCCGAGGCUUAAGUAUCAGAGAAUGGGAGGCAACGUGCCUUCUCUUUUAUCGAGUGACGCCGCUUCUUGUGUCGCGGUUGCGGAACGGAUGAUCGCUCUUGGUACUCAUGGCGGUACCGUUCAUAUCCUCGAUUUCCUUGGUAAUCAGGUUAAGGAAUUUCGGGCUCAUACUGCUGCUGUCAAUGAUCUUUGCUUUGACCUAGAUGGUGAAUUCAUUGGAAGCUGUUCAGAUGAUGGGUCUGUUGUGAUUAUAAGUCUAUUCACAGAUGAGAAACAGAAAUUUGAGUAUCAUCGACCGAUGAAAGCCAUUGCAAUUGACCCAGAUUAUGCAAGGAAAGCAUCUAGGCGAUUUGUUACUGGUGGUUUGGCUGGAAACUUAUAUUUCAAUACAAAAAAAUGGUUAGGCUACCGUGAUCAGGUUUUACAUUCUGGGGAAGGUCCUAUCCAUGCUGUGAAAUGGAGAACAAGUUUAAUUGCAUGGGCUAAUGAUGCUGGAGUAAAAGUUUAUGAUGCUGCUAAUGAUCAACGUGUUACAUUUAUUGAAAGACCAAGAGGAAGCCCACGCCCUGAGCUUCUACUUCCCCACUUAGUUUGGCAGGAUGACGCCCUUCUUGUUAUUGGCUGGGGGACAGCUAUAAAGAUUGCAUCAAUAAAAACAAAUCAAGCAAGAGUUGCCCCAUUUGGUGACUCAUUGGUUGUUCUUGCUUAUAUACCCGGUGAAGAAGACGGAGAAAAGGAAUUUAGCAGCAGUGUUCCUUCACGACAAGGGAAUGCACAAAGACCAGAAGUGCACGUAGUGACAUGGAACAAUGAUGAGCUGGCGACAGAUGCAUUACCUGUACUUGGGUUUGAGCAUUACAAGGCGAAAGAUUAUUCUCUUGCUCAUGUUCCUUUUACAGGUAGCAGCUAUGCAGGAGGACAAUGGGCAGCUGGUGAUGAACCUUUAUACUAUGUUGUAUCCCCAAAAGAUGUAGUUAUUGCCAAACCUAGAGAUGCAGAAGAUCAUAUUAAUUGGCUUCUUCAACAUGGAUGGCAUGAGAAAGCUUUAGAAGCUGUUGAAGCUGGUCAGGGGCGUAGUGAGCUUCUUGAUGAGGUGGGAUCAAGGUAUCUUGAUCAUUUAAUUGUAGAAAGGAAAUAUGCAGAAGCAGCUUCUUUAUGUCCCAAAGUGUUGCGAGGUUCUGCAGCUGCAUGGGAGAGAUGGGUUUUCCAUUUUGCUCAUCUACGCCAGCUCCCCGUGUUAGUUCCAUACAUCCCAACAGAGAAUCCAGUCCUUCGUGAUACUGCUUAUGAGGUUGCUCUUGUAGCUCUGGCAACUAUUCCAUCUUCCCAUAAAGAUCUCCUAUCUGCUGUGAAAACAUGGCCACCUGCAAUAUACUCAGCAGUGCCUAUCAUUGCAGCUAUAGAGCCCCAACUUAACACCUCAUCCAUGACUAAUGAACUCAAAGAGGCACUGGCGGUUUUGUAUGAAAUUGAUGGGCAGUAUGAGAAAGCUUUUACACUUUAUGCUGAUCUUAUGAAGCCAGAUCUGUUUGAGUUUAUCGAGAAGCAUAACUUGCACGAUGCCAUUCCUGAGAAGGUGGCCCACCUAAUGUCGAUUGAUCAUAAACGUACAGUUUCAAUGUUAAUCCAGCACAGGGACUUAAUUACCCCUGCUGAAGUUGUUUCCCAACUUCUUGCUGCAAAAAAACAAGUGGAUUCCAGAUACUUUCUUCAUGAGUAUUUACAUGCGCUAUUUGAAGCCAACCCUCAUGCUGGUAGAGACUUUCAUGACAUGCAGGUUGAGCUUUAUGCGGAAUAUGAUAUAAAAAUGCUGCUUCCUUUCCUUCGGAGUAGUCAACAUUACAUGCUUGAAAAGGCAUAUGAAGUUUGUCUUAAGAAAGAUCUACUAAGCGAGCAAGUUUUCAUCCUUGGAAGAAUGGGAAAUGCAAAACAAGCCCUUGCUGUUAUUAUCGACAAACAAGGGGACAUAAAAGAGGCUGUAGAAUUUGUUAGCAUGCAGCAUGAUGAUGACCUGUGGGAAGAACUUAUUAGACAAUGUCUUGAUAAACCUGAAAUGGUUGGUGUUUUGUUAGAGCAUACUGUUGGUAAUCUUGAUCCUCUUUAUAUUGUGAAUAUUGUACCCAAUGGCUUGGAGAUCCCUCGGCUGAGGGACCGUUUAGUCAAAAUCAUCACAGAUUACAGAACCGAAACAUCUCUAAGACAUGGUUGUAACGAUAUACUCAAGGCGGAUAUAGUCAACCUUUUAGUCAAAUAUUACAAAGAAGCAAGACGUGCAAUAUACCUAACCGAUGCAGAAAGUGGGACCCGGUCAAACACAAACCCUCAGGACAGUAAUCCAAUGGAUCGACCCCCCGUCCUAAAAACCAUGGAGACAAAGUCAAAAACACGAGCAGACGGAAGGUGUUGCAUAUGUUUCGAGCCUUUACCCAUUCAGACAUCGGUUAUUGUAUUCUUUUGCUGUCAUGCCUACCACUUAAACUGUCUCAUUGACUCCACCAAUUCUAUUACCACCAACAAAAAAUCUAGUGACUCGUAUGAAAAUGGUGAUUAUAUUGACGAUGAAAAUGACCAAGAUACCCCUUCGGCUGGGUCCCGGAUGCGAUGCGUUUUGUGUACCACGGCUGCUGCUGGUUGAUAAUCUGUUUUUUUAUUUAUAAAGAAAGUUUGUGUUUGUAUAUUAUUUAUUAUAUGUAUUGGUGUUAUUGGAAAUGAGGGUUUUUUGUAGUUGAAGUUGAGUGAGAAGAUGGUGAAGAGGUGUUUGUGGGUGUAAUACUUGAGUUCCCAACAUUAGAAAGGAAUUUUAUACAAGUAAAAUUCAUGUCAACAGUGUAACUCAUCUUUUGAUUUUUUUUGAAUAACAGGUUAAAUGUGUAUU